GUAGGCUACUACUGCAGCGGUCCCAGGUUUCAUGCAUACAACAUUUAGAGGCCUGCCUUAUUAGUUAGGUAGAGAGGCACAAAGUCUUCAUGGGCAAUGCGCUGGCCUUCCUCAGCAUUGGAAGGCUUAGGGAUCCUACUACACUGUAGUCGGUGCUGCAACCGAACAUUUCCGGGCACCUACACUAGGUGCAGGGUGCCCUACGGGAGGAAGCUGGCUCAUGACUUGGGAUCCAUCUGGGUGUUCCCAAAGUCCACCAAACUCCCUAUAGCGAGCACCAGCCACAGCGCCACAGUACCACCAGUUAAGCGCACCGCCACCGCGCUUCAGUCUGGACGCAGCCUUUAUUAGCCGCGAUAGUCGCUUGCCGCAGUCUUUGGUAACCUCACCGCAGUAAUUACGGCGAGGCAACAAUUUGGAGGCGCGUCCUCUCCAUCUUCAUCCCGUUCAAGUUGACAUCUACAUUUCCCGCUCAAACACGGCCUUCACAUUCUCUCCGUACCUUCAGCGAAGUUCAACCCCACCUCUUCGCAACGGUUCCUCGGAUACGUCGCCAGAAUGGCGCUCGACAACUUCUACCGAAACAAAAUCGAAUCAUUAAAGCUCGAGAUCAUCCAAGGCCAAGCUGUCCUCCGGCGAUUAGAAGCACAACGAAAUGACUACAACUCAAGAGUGCGGUUGUUGCGGGAAGAAUUGGGACUGCUGCAGCAACCUGGAUCUUAUGUUGGAGAGGUGGUAAAAGUGAUGAGCACCAAGAAGGUUCUUGUCAAGGUCCAUCCUGAAGGCAAAUAUGUUGUCGAUAUUGCGGACAGUGUCGACAUUAGCAAAUUGACCGUCGGCAAGCGGGUGUCCCUCCUCUCCGACUCGUACAAACUCGAGAAAAUGCUACCUUCCUCCGUCGAUCCCCUAGUGUCUCUCAUGAUGGUGGAAAAGGUCCCGGACAGCACUUACGACAUGAUCGGUGGGCUGGAUCAACAAAUCAAGGAGAUCAAAGAGGUCAUUGAACUUGGUCUCAACCAUCCCGAAUUGUUCGAGUCGUUAGGUAUCGCGCAACCCAAGGGCGUCUUGCUCUAUGGGCCACCUGGAACCGGAAAGACGUUGCUGGCCCGUGCGGUUGCUCACCAUGCCGACUGUAAAUUCAUCAGAGUGUCGGGAUCAGAAUUGGUGCAAAAAUAUAUUGGUGAAGGCAGUCGAAUGGUUCGCGAGCUUUUCGUCAUGGCGAGAGAACACGCGCCCAGUAUCAUUUUCAUGGAUGAAAUCGACAGUAUAGGCUCCAGCCGUGUGGAAGGAAGCAGUGGUGGCGAUUCCGAGGUGCAACGGACAAUGUUGGAGUUAUUAAAUCAGCUGGAUGGUUUCGAACCGACCAAGAACAUCAAGGUCAUCAUGGCAACCAAUCGGCUGGAUAUCUUGGAUCCUGCCCUUCUUCGGCCGGGACGGAUUGACCGGAAGAUCGAAUUCCCCCCGCCAAGUGUUGAGGCACGCGCGGAUAUCCUGAGGAUUCACUCUCGAAGCAUGAAUUUGACGCGGGGGAUCGAUUUGAAGAAGAUUGCCGAAAAGAUGAAUGGUUGUUCGGGGGCUGAGUUGAAAGGUGUGUGUACAGAAGCCGGCAUGUUUGCUCUGAGAGAGAGGAGAGUGCAUGUCACUCAGGAAGAUUUCGAUCUUGCCACUGCAAAGGUGUUGAACAAGCACGACGACAAGGAAGUGUCUCUGGGCAAACUGUGGAAGUAAGCACGGACAACUCUCGCAUGUCCUCAGCGAUUACAUUUCGAGACUACACCAGCUGUACUUCUACCAAAAAACGAUACAAUUGCCUGUCCGUACAUCGAGACAAUCCAUUUGUGUUUUGCUUCUGUUUACAUGCGUCUUUUUCUCUAGCCAUGCAUCUAUUCGUCUAUUCGUCUAUCCGGUUUAUCUCCUAUUUCUAUAGCGGUCUGUCUGUUCAUUCUUCCAUUCCUCUAGUCCUGUUCAAGUUUUCCUUCAACUUGCCGAAAUCAAUUUGUGUUUGUUUCUGUUUCAAUGUUCAUACUCCAACCUCCCC